AUUAAAGCGAGAGCAGGGGAGGGUCGGGAACUCCUGCGGGGGGGAAGAGGAAGGCGCGAGCUCGGUAAGAGGCCGAAGAGGAGAAAGAGAAGGAAGAGGAAGGGCGAGGAGCGGGGAGCGCCAGGCCCCGGAGUGCUGCAGGUCAUCUCCAACCUUCCAAAUACCUGCCAUUACCUGAUGCUGCUGAUCCAGUCGGCAUGGCCUUAAACUCAGGAUCACCACCAGGUGUUGGACCUUACUACGAAAACCAUGGAUACCAACCAGAAAGCUUCUAUUCCCGGCAGCCCCCUGUGGCCCCUGGUGCCUACGGAGCGUAUGAGGCCGAGUACUACCCACCCACGGUACCCCGGUACUCCCCGAGGGUUCUGACGCAGGCUUCGACACCCGUCAACCACACGCAGCCCAAACUCUUAUCGGAGACAGUGUGCACCUUGAAGACUAAGAAAGUGCUGUGCAUCCUCCUCAGCCUGGGGCUCCUGCUCGUGGUGCUCGUGGUGGCCGCCAUCCUGCUCUGGAAGUUCGUGGAGAACAAGUGCAUGGGGUCCCGGAUAGAGUGUGGCAACUCAGGAAUCUGCACCAGCGCCUCCCAGUGGUGCGACGGGAUCCUGCACUGCCCCAACGGGGAGGACGAGAACCGGUGUGUUCGCCUGUAUGGACUGAACUUCAUCCUCCAGGUGUACUCGUCCCAGAGGAAGUCCUGGCACCCCGUGUGUGAAGACGACUGGAGCGAGAGCUAUGGGAGAGCCGUGUGCCGUGACAUGGGCUAUGGGAAUAGUUUUUAUUCCAGCCAAGGAAUAAAGGAUGACAGCGGGGCCACAAGAUUUAUGAAGCUGAACACAAGUGCCGACAAUAUCGAUCUCUAUAAAAAACUGUACCAUAGUGAUGUCUGUUCUUCAAAAAAAGUGGUUUCUUUACGCUGUAUGGAGUGCGGGGUCUCCUCGAAACAACAGAGCCGGAUUGUGGGCGGGGCGAACGCGGCCCUGGGGGAGUGGCCCUGGCAGGUCAGUCUGCACGUCCAGGAUGUCCACGUCUGCGGAGGCUCCAUCAUCACCCCCGAGUGGAUCGUGACCGCCGCCCACUGCGUGGAGCCGCCGCUUAACAGCCCCCGGUACUGGACAGCCUUCGCAGGCAUUUUGAGCCAAUCUUUAAUGUUCUACGAAAAUGGACACCGAGUGGGAAAAGUGAUUGCUCAUCCGAAUUACGAUUCCAAGACCAAGAACAAUGACAUUGCUCUGAUGAAGCUUGAGGCCCCUCUGACUUUUAACGACAGAGUGAAACCAGUGUGUCUGCCGAACCCGGGCAUGAGGCUGGAGCCGAAACAGUCCUGCUGGAUCUCCGGGUGGGGCGCCACCUACGAGAAAGGGAAAACCUCAGAGCUGCUGAACGCCGCCAUGGUCCCCCUGAUCGAGCCCGAGCAAUGCAACAACAAGUUCAUCUACAACGAUCUCAUCACGCCCGCCAUGAUCUGCGCCGGGUAUCUGGAGGGGAAAGUCGAUUCCUGCCAGGGUGACAGUGGAGGUCCUCUGGUCACUCUGAAGAGUAGCAUCUGGUGGCUGAUUGGGGACACGAGCUGGGGAUCCGGAUGUGCCAAGAUGAACAGACCGGGAGUGUACGGGAACGUGACAGUGUUCACAGACUGGAUCUACCAAGAGAUGAGGGCGAACAGCUAACCCGUGUGGCCUUUGUCCUCGACGCCAUUCCACAAGAAAAUGAAGGGGCUGGUUUUUAAUUCCCUGUGCAUAAUGUAUUUUUAGCAAUGAUUCAAAGAUCCUCUCAUUUUUAUUAAAUAAUGAACUUCUCUGUCCUUGGCACUCUCCACAGUUCUGUGCAGGCCACAGGGGCUCCUCCCCGGGCCCACGCUCCCUGACUCCUUGUCCAGACGGAGUGAUGGCCUGGCUGGUGUGGCCUCCAGGGCCGAUGCUGAGCAGAGGGAUGGAGUCUGCCCCAGGGGAUCUUCCUUGUGAGCCCAUUCCGGGGGCCACCUUUAGAUGCUCAUAGGAUGGUGACUUCUCGGCUGCUGGACGGCUUGAGAUGGAAUGGGAGAAGCCAGGUGGGACCUGCAGGGGUCCCCCGGCAGCCCCAGGGCCUGCCUCCCCUCCAGGGUUUUCACUGAUCCCUUUUACUGCCUUCUUAGCAGCCCCGGAUGGUGGCUGGAAAUAAAGGGACCAGCCCUUUACGGGCCAUGACUUGAUAGUCAGUUGUCAGGACAUCUCAAACCUCCUUUUCUUCUUGCGGGGUGAGAGUGUCCAUGGAGCCCUGGGAGCAUGGGAGCCGCUGCAGACACGCUCACCCCUGCACACGGCCGGGACAGGUGGCCACUGCGUGUUGAGGGGGCUCGCCCAGGGAGACCAACCUUAAUCUCCACCCUCCUCCCUGUCCCUCUUCCUGCCUCCUUUGAGAUUGUGCACACCCCUGUGGUCCUCCCAGGGGCCACCUAGGUGGGGUCCAUGCUGACCCUCUGGGGGCCUCUGAACCACGUGGGAAUUGAGAUCGCCUGGGGAAAUCAGGGAUGCGGGAUUGACGACGCGUCGUUUCCUGUAAUGUUUCUACAAGUUACUACCUCAGUGCUCCUGGGAUCUCGGCUGCGAUGCCCAAGGCGUUCCUGCAUUUGCCUCUUUGACACUCUUGCUGUCCUUGCCAAGUGUGAGCGGUGGCCGACUAGAGCUGCCUUUACAAAGUGACUGGCUCCUAAGUGAAGGUACUGUAAUGACGCUGCUGAAGAACAGUGCCCGUGCUUGCGACAGAGAGAAGGCCUGUUUUGGACUCCCUGUGGCCCCUUCCAGCCCCUUAGGUUCCCCGGGAGGGAAGCGCCACGCUCAAACUGCCAAGAGUGAAGUGUAAAUGCUUCUGCUGCAUGACCUGCUUUCCCCGAGGCCCUCCUCUCCAGCACACCGGUUUGCAAGAAUGGAAUGAAUGAUUCUCCUGCUGGGACCUCACCUUGAAAUGGAAGGCGGUCCAGCCUCUUCAUAGGAUGCUCCCACUCCACCUGCCUCAGUGGCAGUGGUGUCCCCAGGGGCAUUCCGUUCCGCAUGGCACUGCCAGGUGGCUGCUCCCCAAGCCGGAUUUUAAAAAGCAUUAUCACAGCGAGAAUGUGUUCCUUCUUUCGUGCUUCUUUUUAUUUAUGUGACCACUGUUCGUCUUCUGUUUUGUAUCUUUUAUAAACUGUAAAAUUCAAUUGUGAAAUAUUGUACAAAUAAAUUAUGCAUUUUUUUCCAAAUAUUUAUUGAGCCUUUGGAGAGCUGCGUGGGGAGCAGAGCCAGUCUGCAUUUCCUUGCAGGGUGGUGAUGCUGGGCCAGCUGCCGUGGGGCUGAGGCGGGGCUAAGGGCACUGGUCAGAGGCCGCAGGUGAGGCAUGGGGGCUGGGAGGAUGCCACCGUCUGGUCGGUCCCAUCCGCUGCCACAGCCUCUCCUGUCAAAGAUGACCUGUGGAUGGCACCUGAAUGGGCAUCACCUGCGGCUUCUCCCGGAUCCAGACCCUGUAACCCAACUCUCUUCCAGACCUCUCUGCCCAGUGACCUCAGAUCGUGCCUGUCCAAAAAUGAGUCCAGCAUCUCGUCCCCUGAAGCUGUCUUCCUGGAGUCCGUGUGGCUCCUGGUGGCAGAGCGUCUCCCUCAACUGGCAUGUACCCCAGUGCCCUGCGGUUGUGACUGGCGGUGGGAGGAAAGAUCGGGUGGGUUUUUUCCCUGAGAACAGAAAUCCAUUGUCAUUCUUUGCACUCCCCCAAUCCGAGAGGUUCUACGUACGUGUCAGGUGGCUGGAGAAGAUGACUGUGGUUGUCUUCAUUGUGUCAAGAUGUGUGAAAGUUAUGGAAAAAGUUGAAAUAAAAAAAAAGUAAAGGAAGUA